AUGCCGUGCUUCAAGGGCCUCGCGGUUAGCAUUCACACGCCCAACGGGCCCCUGCCGGAGUACUCUGUCCAACGGCAAUCCCGCGCCUCUCGAAUCGCCUGCUAUAUCCCCGUGCCGCCAGCGAAAGUCCCAGAUCCCGCAACAGGUAAAUCCGAGCAAUCCACAUUCGCCAUCUCCAUCACCCUACUCACCCCUGGCCAGAGCGUGCCAUACUCCACCCCAAAACCCACUCCUGAAAACCCGCACCCAAAAGCAAAAGUUGUGGGCAGUUUCCCCCGGGCCACAAACUCCAUCGGGCCGUAUCAGCCAUUGACUACUUCUCCGAACGAAACUAUUGCGGCGUAUAUAUACUUUGACGGCCGGCAGAAGGAAGAGGUGGCUACGCUAUUGCGGCGUGGGGAGGAGACAUGGGUGAACUCGAGAUGGGUUAGUAUUCCGGAGUCGAAGGGUGGUGGGCUUGCGGAGCGGGAGUUUCUGUUUCAGGAGGUUGGGCUGGAGAGAUGGCUGAAUGGGUUAGAUUUGGAAGGGAAGGAGAGGGAUACCGCAGCGAAGAUUGAGAGGAGGAGACAGAAGAUGGAACGGAGGCGUAAGAAACGAGAGUUGGCCAGCCGACAACUCCGGGAGAAAGGGGAUCAAGCUGGCUCUGGAGAAACGAUGAUGAUGGAUAUGGAUGAGAGAAAAUCCAGAUCUGGACAGAGUGUGUUGCGCUACGGGGAUGAUGCACAGUCCCCUCUUGAGAAUUUGUCAGAUGUUGAGUAUUCCUCUGAGUCUGAGGAUGACGAUCCCAUACCAGAAGCAGCGGGCCAGAUUAAAGUAGCCCUGUUCAGGGUGUUGGCGUCCGGAGAAGUCAAGCGGGGUGAAUAUUCGCCUCAGUUCGAUGCCCAGGAUGACGAUGACGAAAAUCAAGCGCAAGGCUUGAACGGGAAAGGCGGUGAUGAUAGGGACGUCGAUCAUACUAUCAGUUUUGCGAAGCCGAAGUCCUUAGAUCCCAAAACCAUCAGCACACAGACUGUUACAGGAAUUGAUGGACCAGACAGGCCGUAUGCAAUAUUUACGUUUAUGUAUCGAGGAGAGCGCCAAUUGCAAAAGAUGGGCAUUCUCGAUACCAAAUCGCGGGAUGGGACUAACAAAGCCUCAUCUGCAAAGCGUAUUUCAUUGCAAACCGACCUUGCGAGCCUCGCAGCGCUCAAAUCUAGUGAUGUUACGGGUCUCGUGAAGUUUAGGGAUCAUAAUAAUAUUGAUCACGGGCCAGGGAAGUCGAGAAAGAAGCCUAGGAGAGGUAGUGAAAGUGGCAUGGACGACAGCGAUUAUGAUGAUGACGAUAAUGGACCGUCGUCUAUACUGCACAAAGCUGAGGAGGAAGGAGAUAAGGACGUUAGUCCUUCACUACUUUCAGCGGAUGAUAUUCGGCGACAGGGCGAGCUUGCGGAGGGAGUGAGGCAAAUAAAGUUAAAACGACAACACUCUGCCGAACCCAUUACGCAAGCUGGAAACGCGACCUCGAGAACUUCCAAAUCAAACACGCCAGCAUCAAUAUCCACUCCACCAGCCACCACCACCACUGCCACCACCGCUACCAUUACCACAACAGCGACGAUGACAUCAACUAGCACGACUGCCGUAAUAACCGCUACCACCCCUCCGCAUCAGGGGAUCGCCGGUGGUUCUUCAUCUCGAGAACCACCACAAACCCAAAUGAGCAGCCAAAGCUCCGUGCUGGAGAGCGAAGCGGAGUUCAUGGGCAGUCCUAUGAAGAAGCAUCGGGCUAGCGUGUUGGGCGCUGACGACAAUGUUUUUAACAUUAAACGGCUGGAUGGGUCGGGGUUAGCCACCAAUAUCCAAGAGAUUAUGGGGUCAGGUUCAAUUUCAGACACUAUUUCCGGCGGAAGCGGUGUCAGUAGUGAUAUUUAUGCUAGUACAGGGACCAGUACGGCUACGGGUACUGGUGCUGAUACCAGUGCUGGCCUGGGUUCUAGCAUGACACCCAGAAGCAAUCUGAAUAUCGAACAGAAGCCGCCACAAACCGGACACGGGGAGCUGGAGGAGGAUCUAUAG